AUGGAUCCCCAGGACGACACAGACCCAUAUAUUACAAAAAUUGGCGGCAUCCCAUCUUGGUUAGAUCAAGAUGUGCCUGCGCCAUCCAAGUAUGGAAUAUGCAAAGCAUGCGGCAAGGAUAUGUACCUCCUACUGCAAGCCUAUGUCCCGCUCGAAAAAUCUCCAUAUGACCGUGUAGUCUAUGUAUGGGCUUGCAACCAACGACUUUGCAUGCGCAAGGAGGGCAGUUUCCGAGUUGUCCGUGCACUUAAGUUAAACCCUGAAUAUGCACGGAAACUAGAAAAGAAGCCAAAGCUUUCAGUAGCCCCUGUCACCACAUCAGCAUCAACAUCUGGAGCGCCGCUCUUAGCAGCCAAUCCCUUUGCAACAUCUGGGGCCACUAAUAUGGGAAGUACACUCUUUGGUGGAUCAAGCGUAGCAUUCAACAAUCCUUUUGCGUCUACCACCAACAAUAUAAAUCCUUUCGCACCGCCUCCAGGGUUCGGAACUGGAACCCCUAUCACUACUCCACCUUGUACUACUAUCAAAUCCUUUGCAAGCGCUGCAUCUGCAGCUAUUACCCCGACAGAAGAAUCAUCCAGCGAAUCAGAAGAGGAACACGACACUGUUGAAGAACCUUCAACAUGGCCUGAGAAUCCAGUAGGGUUUGACCCAUAUUACCUCUACAUUACUGAGGAAGUCUUGGAAGAUUCACAUCCAUUGGACGACGAUAUCUCACAACGAUACAGCCACCUAAUGGCUUUAGAAGAAGCCGCAAAUAGGAAUGAUGCUAGCGAGGAGGAUGGUGAGGAUAGCAUUUCAGCCGCCACCUGGAGCGGCGAAGCAUACGAGAAGGCGGCUCUUCCCAAAGGGGUUGAUAAAGCAUUUAAGAAAUUUACAAAGCGCGUCCAAUCAUGGCCAGAUCAAUGCGUUCGUUACGAUUUCCCUGGUGUGCCUCUCCUAUUCUCAUAUUCGGAUCGUACUGCACAUUUGUUACUACCUCCAAAUGUUGCUUCUCAUUCCAAGCAUACUACACCCAGCGCGCACAGAAUCCCUAGAUGUCCAAGCUGUAAAGGUCCUAGAGGAUUUGAGUUUCAGUUGAUGCCUAAUUUAUUGUCGCUACUGGAUGUCACCUCCAAGAAGUAUCUUUCCGAAGAAGAGAAGAAAAGCUUAAAGGAACGGAAAGGAGCUCAAGUAUUUGAUAUUGGAAUGGAAUGGGGCACUGUUCUAGUAUACAGCUGCGUGGAGGAUUGCUUUGGCAAGAAAGCCACGGCAGCAGCGAUGCAAGGCGAGGAUGAUGACAAUAGCAAUAAUAAUUCACAAAAGGUUAAAUAUUUUGAAGAAGUCGCCUUAGUACAGUUUGAAGACUAA